GGGGCGUGGCCACGCAUGCGCCCUGCGAUGCGCGUCGCCGCGCGCGCCGGUCGCCUCAUGGCCGCCGCCGGGAGCCCCGGGACCGGGACCGGGCCCGAGCGGCCGCGGCCCGAGCCCGCGCCCCGCAUCGGCACCCACGACGGCACCUUCCACUGCGACGAGGUGCUGGCGUGUUACCUGCUGCGCCUCCUGCCCCAGUACCGGGACGCCGAGGUUCUGCGCACCCGGGACCCCCAGCUGCUGGCCCGGUGUGACGUCGUGGUGGACGUCGGGGGCGAAUACGACCCCAAGCGACACCGCUACGACCACCACCAGAGGUCCUUCAGUGAGUCCAUGCGGAGCCUCCGGCCCGACAAGCCCUGGACCACGAAGCUGAGCAGCGCCGGGCUGGUUUAUUGUCACUUUGGCUCCCAGAUCCUGGCGGGGCUCCUGGGGCAGCCGGAGGACGGGCCCGUAGUGACGGCGCUUUACGAUAAGCUGUACGAGAACUUCGUGGAGGAGAUCGACGCCAUGGACAACGGCAUCGCGCAGGCGGAGGGCGAGCCCCGCUACGCCGUCACCACCACCCUCAGCGCCCGCGUCGCCCACCUCAACCCCCGCUGGAACGACCCCCGGCCGGACCCCGAGGCGGGGUUCAGACGGGCGACGGAGCUGGUGGGGAGCGAGUUCCUGGAGCGGCUGCAUUAUUACCACGGCGCGUGGCUGCCGGCGCGCGCGCUGGUGGAGGAGGCCGUGCGGAAACGCUUCCAGGUGGACGCCAGCGGGGCGGUGCUGGAGCUGCCGGGGGGGGGCUGUCCCUGGAAGGAGCACGUUUUCCGCCUGGAGCAGGAGCUGGCGCUGCCCACCCCCCUCCAGCUGGUGCUUUACCCCGACGGCGCGGGGCAGUGGCGGCUGCAGAGCGUCCCCGCGGGGCCACACACCUUCCAGAGCCGGCUCCCGCUCCCCGAGCCCUGGCGCGGGCUGCGGGACGAGCCGCUGUCCCUCGUCACCGGCGUCCCCGGCUGCGUCUUCGUCCACGCCAGCGGCUUCACCGGAGGGAACCGCACGCGGGAGGGGGCUCUGGAGAUGGCGCGGAGGACGCUGGCGCUGCGGGACGGGGGGGGCGCGCAGAGCGGGUGACCCCCCCCCGUCAGCAUCACCCCAAAAGGGACCUUGGGGUGGCUGAGAAUGUCCCUACGCAGCACAUGAACAGGGACACGGGGACAGCGCUGUCUGUGCGCUGGGGGGGUCAGGCUCCCCCCAGGGGGUCACUGGUCCUGGUCCUGGGCCAGUCAGCCCAAAGAAAGAGACUUUCGGGACCCAUUUCCCUGGACAUUGUCCCCAUUCCUGACGCGCAUCCGCUGUGGGUUCCCAGUAAAAUCCAGUCUGCUCCCCGUGCGCUCCCUGCUCGGAUAACGGGGCGGGGGGGGCGGGGUGUCCGUGGGGGGUGAUGGGGGGACAGGGCUGCGCGUAGCUACACUGAAAGGGCUGCAGUGGGGCACAAGCAUCACCCCCCACACACCCUGGGAAAUGGGGAGGGGACCCAGGCGUCCUGCCACCCCCCCAACCCGCCAUCUGUCACCACAAGGCGGGGGGGGGACACCGAGCCCCCCGCGUUGCUCCCAGUCAGCGGGCAAUGGGGACGCGCUGGGGACCACCCGGCUGCCCCCCCCCGCCGCUGCCCCCCCGCGGCAACGGCACCGAGGCGCCGGGGGGGCCCGGGCGGGCGCCAGACGUGGGGGGGCUGGUGGCCGUGGGGGGGUGGCUCGUCACCGUGCUGCUCUGCGUGGGCCGGGCGGUGCGGAGGAGCCGCGCGCGGAGCCGCCUGCACCUCCAGCACCUGCGGGCGCUGCCCUGCGAAGCGGCCCCCCCCCCCCGCAAGGGAGGAGGAGGAGGAGGAGGAGGGGGAGGAAGAUGAGACGCUCAGCACCGUCCUCUGAGGAGCCCCCAGGGGUUGAACCCCCCCAGACCCACCUCAGCGCCUGGAAAUGGUGGGAUCCCACGCCAUGGAGUGGAUUUCUCCUCCGAUCCUGGAAACGGGCACAAGCGGCACCGAGAUCCCCCCGUGUCCCACCGAGAUGGGGACGCGGACGCGGCCCCCCCGGUGUCACCAGACCCACCUCUCCUCCCCGUAGAGCGUCUCGAAGGUGGUUUCGGACAGAUCUGCCACCACAGAGGCUGUUUUGGAGCCUCCCACUUGCCCCUGCAUCUCCCCUGGAACAAAAAGCCCCCGGUUACAUCCAACAGCACGAAGGAACCAACCUAAUGCCUAUGAGAAAAUUAAUACGAGAUGAGUAAUAAACGAGAUACCUAAUUGUAGAACAAAACCUACCCCCCAAUUGAGAACUGAACCACAGACAGUUGAUUAUUGAGUGAUUAGUGCUAAAUUUUGUGGAUGUGCUUAACCUAAAGCCAAUUUUGUUCAUUAGUAUAUUGUUUUAAUAUCAAAAUACAGCUCCUCGUUGAUGGUCAUUAGGAGAAAAGCCCUAUUUAAUUUACCUUGUAUGCAAAUAUUGUAACUAAUUAGUCCUACAGGCCUGUCCUGAGGGUGUGUAUAUAAUAAGAUUUUAUAUAUAUGAUUGAGACUGGGCCGCUGGUUUGAUCCGGCAUCCAGACUUGUACAACUCUAAUAAAAUCAAUAUUUCA